CCCCUGCCCAAAUCCGCAAACUGCACCUUGCGGAAGUCGAUUCUGGUCCGCCAUCCUCGCCAGGACACUCAGCCUCGAAAACCUCCUGGCAGAAACCAUAUCCCAAACGAUUCGUCGGAAGGCUUGUCCAUCCAACACAGCCUCAUUCACCCCGCCAAGCACUGAAACGGCCACCUCGACCUCCAAGCUAUGACUCUCAUCCGUCUGGGACCAGUCCAUAUGGGGCUCCGGAAUAUCCGGCCGAGCCAAUCAUUCACGAAGCCUUCGAGGUCCAGUCCCUCGCGCUAUCUAAGCAGCGGAUCGACGCCCGGCUUCUGCUCGCGGAGAUUUUAUGGCUCCAGUCACCAGCAAGGUUCCGGGCCCACCGGAGCUCGGCUUUGGGCCGGCCCCUCCCCGGGCCGCGGAUCGACGGGGUACACUCUGCUGGCCACGGCGCUCGGCCUAGGCGCACUAGCUUCCGGCGCAACGGUCUAUGCCCUCCAGACCGCCGACCUCCCCGAUGACCCUCUCGCGGCACUAGCCCCGGAUGCACUCAGACUGAAGGCCGCCCAUGUGGCCCAGAAAGCCGCCCCUGACCUCCUCCGUAGUUAUCUGACCUUGCUCUUGUGUGAAAUCCCCGGCGUCGCUACUUACGGGCCCCUCCUGCUAAAUCAUUGCAUCUCUCUCAGAGAUAACGUCCCCAUCCUUGGCCCUGCCACUUGGUCUGUCGUCGAAUGGUUCGUCUUCCACACAUUUUUUUCACAUUACACAGGCGGGGAGUCGGCGGAAGAUUGCCAGCCGGUGAUGAAGGCAUUGUAUGAAGGAGAAGUAGGAUCAUUAUUAAACUACUCAGUCGAAGCGUUAGAGGGAGCGGGGAAGGGAUCAUCAGAGAGCGGCUUGAGCAGAGAGAGUGUAGCGGCGAUCACGCGGACGGUGGAGUCAUUAGCGGGAUAUGAGUCGGGAGCGAAGGGCUAUGCGGCGAGUUCGGCGCGAAUGAAGCCGAGUGCGGUGGCCAUCAAGGUCUCUGGACUCGUCGACGACCCGUAUCUCUUCAAGCGCGCUUCCGAGAACCUGCUUGCUAAUGGCCUCUCCCCCUUCCGCGUCAAUGGCUCCCCCUUCCCAAUCGUCAACUCCCACAUCCCUGAUCCUCUCUCCCCGGCUGACCAUCUCACCCUCGAUGGAUUGAUGGACAGUCUCAGAGGCGUCUGUCAGAAGGCCAAAGCGGCCGACAUUGUGAUCAUGAUCGAUGCUGAAUACAGCUGGUUUCAGCCUGCGUUGGACAGAAUAGCUACCUUCCUCUCGGCCGAAUUCAACAAAUCGAAAUCAGAGGGACCUGGGUCGGCGAGUUACUCACCGACGGUCUUCAACACUUUCCAGGCGCUCCUACGGUCCACGCCGGAGCGACUAGCAGAAUAUGUCGACGAGGGGCACAAGCGGGACUUUUCGGUGGGUGUGAAGCUUGUCCGAGGGGCCUACUUGGUCUCGGAGACGGCCCGAUGGCGGGAGGCGCGUGCGGCCGGCCGGCCCGGCGUCCCCGAUCACCCGCCUGUGUGGGCCUCCAAGGCUGAGACCGACGGCUGCUUCGACAACCUUGCCUCCAGCCUCGUCCAACAACUCGCUAGUAACGCCCGCCGGGCUCAGGGACUCACCUCCGAUCCCAGACAAUCUCGCUCUUCCAACUCUAUCGAAGUCGCCAUGAUGAUCGCCGGACAUAACCCGAUCUCGGCUGCUAAGGUCCUCAAACAACUCAGAGACGAAGAAGGUCUCGCUAAGAAUGUUGACGGCCAGAGCAUCCGUCUCUCAGAUAGCUUGAGGGGUAGACUAAUGUUUGCCCAGCUCUAUGGAAUGGCUGAUAACCUGACCUCAACCCUGACUCAAAUCCUGGCCCCGAGUGACGCCGAUAAUCAAAAACACCCACAGCCAUUCGUGUUCAAGUAUCUACCAUUCGGCCCAGUGGACAAGGUCCUACCCUAUCUCGCUCGUCGGGCAGAAGAGAACUCAUCUAUCCUCGAAGUCAAAGACGGCGAAUCCGUCCUCAGUCUCGAACGUAAACUCAUUGGCAAGGAGAUCCGUAAACGAAUCGGAUCUCUGUUUUUCCUCUCUUAAAGACUCUCCCUAACCAUUUCCAUGUUAAUCUCUUCCUUUAAGUGUAUCUUCUCUCUCUCCCUCUCUUUCAAGCAUUGUUUCUCUAGAUUACACAUACCUUGGUUUUUUUUCUCUUCUCUUUGGCCUUUGCUUUUGUCUAUAAUCACAUACCGUUUUCUUUGAAUCAUUCAUUUUAUUAAUCAGUCAUAAAAACAAUGAAUAUAUCUUUUGUUCAACUAUCCUGGUUCAAGCUCAUUCUUGCAUCGAGACGAUCGAGGGUUGUCUUAGUAGAGUCAUCGAUUCCUCUUCGAGAGACUGUUGUAUUAUACCGGCCUGAACCCGCUUUGUGGUUGCCUGUAUAUGUACUCCAGACAAAAAUUGAUAUAGAAACCCAGCAUAUCACCUUUCCUACUGUUGAGAUGGACUAGAGACCUGGAGACAUAUAUGUUG